AUGGCGCCCGUCGUUUUACACUUUCCGGUAAGCCGCAUUAUUGUCGUUCUUCCCCAUUCGAGCGCAUUGUAUGUGCGUUUUCUCCUCUCGUUCUUGCUGACAUGUCUCGUGUGCAGAGUCGCUAUGAUCAAUGGUGUGGUGCACUCCUCAUCGCAGCCACCAGCGAUUAAGAAGAAGAAGAAGAAGAAGGAGAAGAAGAAGAAGAAGAAGAAGAAGGAGAAGAAGAAGAAGAAGAAGAAGAAGGAGAAGAAGAAGAAGAAGAAGAAGAAGGAGAAGAAGAAGAAGAAGAAGAAGAAGGAGAAGAAGAAGAAGAAGAAGAAGAAGGAGAAGAAGAAGAAGAAGAAGAAGAAGGAGAAGAAGAAGAAGAAGAAGAAGAAGGAGAAGAAGAAGAAGAAGAAGAAGAAGGAGAAGAAGAAGAAGAAGAAGAAGAAGGAGAAGAAGAAGAAGAAGAAGAAGAAGGAGAAGAAGAAGAAGAAGAAGAAGAAGGAGAAGAAGAAGAAGAAGAAGAAGAAGGAGAAGAAGAAGAAGAAGAAGAAGAAGGAGAAGAAGAAGAAGAAGAAGAAGAAGGAGAAGAAGAAGAAGAAGAAGAAGAAGGAGAAGAAGAAGAAGAAGAAGAAGAAGGAGAAGAAGAAGAAGAAGAAGAAGAAGGAGAAGAAGAAGAAGAAGAAGAAGAAGGAGAAGAAGAAGAAGAAGAAGAAGAAGGAGAAGAAGAAGAAGAAGAAGAAGAAGGAGAAGAAGAAGAAGAAGAAGAAGAAGGAGAAGAAGAAGAAGAAGAAGAAGAAGGAGAAGAAGAAGAAGAAGAAGAAGAAGGAGAAGAAGAAGAAGAAGAAGAAGAAGGAGAAGAAGAAGAAGAAGAAGAAGAAGGAGAAGAAGAAGAAGAAGAAGAAGAAGGAGAAGAAGAAGAAGAAGAAGAAGAAGGAGAAGAAGAAGAAGAAGAAGAAGAAGGAGAAGAAGAAGAAGAAGAAGAAGAAGGAGAAGAAGAAGAAGAAGAAGAAGAAGGAGAAGAAGAAGAAGAAGAAGAAGAAGGAGAAGAAGAAGAAGAAGAAGAAGAAGGAGAAGAAGAAGAAGAAGAAGAAGAAGGAGAAGAAGAAGAAGAAGAAGAAGAAGGAGAAGAAGAAGAAGAAGAAGAAGAAGGAGAAGAAGAAGAAGAAGAAGAAGAAGGAGGAGGAGGAGGAGGAGGAGGAAGAAGAAGAAGAAGAAGAAGUGUACCAUGGUAGAAGUGUGCCUACCUUUUUAAAGUUGCCACAUUUGUAA